UUAAUUAUUAAUUGGAAACCACAUAGUGGCAUUAUCUGUAAUUUACUCAAAAUCUCAGGUCAUUUCUAUAAACACUCGCACUCAAAUUCCCCUCCCCCAUCCAGAUUUCUCUUCACUCAGUUCAGUUAUAUCUGUAAUUCUGUACCGCAAAAACGCAGAACUCUUUCCACUGCUUCCACGGAAAAACUGUUUUAUCUGCCAGAAUGCAGCUCCGCCUCGCCGCCGUUGUGGUGGUCGUUGUUCUAUUCUUCUCCGCCACCACCGACGCCCACAAUAUCACCCGCAUCCUAGCUAAGUUCCCUGAGUUCUCAACCUUCAACCACUACUUAACCGAGACCCACCUGGCGGAGGAUAUAAACAACAGGGAAACAAUCACCGUGUGCGCAGUGGACAAUGCCGGAAUGUCGGAUCUACUAGCCAAACACCUCCCUGUCAGCGGCAUCAAGAACGUGCUGUCCCUUCACGUGCUCCUCGACUACUUCGAUGCCAAGAAGCUCCACCAGAUCACCAACGGCACAGCGCUCGCUGCCACUAUGUACCAGGCCACCGGCUCCGCCGCUGGAUCCUCUGGCUUCGUCAACAUUACCGAUAUGAAGGGAGGAAAAGUCGGCUUCUCCCCCAAGGACAAUGGCGGCGUCAUCCAUGCUACCUUCGUCAAAUCAGUCCACGAAAUCCCCUAUAACAUCUCUGUCAUUCAGAUCUCCAACAUAUUGCCUUCUUCCGAGGCUGAGGCGCCUACUCCAGCCCCCAGCCAGCAAAAUCUCACAGCUAUAAUGUCUUCUCACGGCUGCAAAGUUUUCGCUGAAACUCUCCUAGCUAAUCCUGCUGAAAAGACAUAUGAGGAUGCUAUUGGCGGUGGAUUAACCAUUUUCUGCCCUGGAGAUGAUGUCAUGAAGAACUUUUUACCUAAAUACAAGAAUUUAACUGCUGCAGGGAAGCAAGCUCUGCUAGAAUUUCACGGAAUUCCGAUUUACCAGCCAUUAUCAGGUUUAAAAUCUAGUAACGGCCUUACCAAUACACUGGCCACUGAUGGUGCCAGCAAGUAUGAUUUCACCGUACAGAAUGAUGGAACUGAAGUAACCUUGAAGACAAAGCUCGUUACUGCGAAAAUCAUCGAUACUAUAAUAGAUGAGCAAGCUUUUAAAGGAAGUUGCCCAAUGUGA